AUGGAUUUUGAAAAAGAAGAAAAUGAAUAUAUUCCUAUUUGGGAAGAAUCACCAGAAGUAUACUAUGAUCCUGUGAUACUUGAGCAAGAGUUGGAUAAAAUCAAAAAAGAAUUCGAUGAACUUAAAUAUAAUUGCUCCGAAAUUAAUAAAGAAAAUGAAGUGUUAAAAACAGAAAUAAAAACAAAGGAAAAAGAAAAAAUAGAUUUAAAUAAUUUACAUAAAGGAAAUAUAGUUAAACUAUCAUUAUAUCAAAAAAAAAUUAUGACACUAAAUGAAACUAUCAAAAAGCUUAAUUUUGAUAAAAAAAAUUUAUUAAUGGUCGUAAAGUUGUUGAAAGAAAAACGUGUAGAAAUGGAUAAAAAAUAUAAAGACACAACGGAUAGUUAUACGACUUUAAUGAUUACAAACAAAGAACUAGAAAAAAUUAAUGAACAAUUUAAGUUGGAGCAAAAACAAGACCUUAAGAUUAAAGAUCGAAUAAAAGCUGAAAAUGAUAAAAUAAAGGCUAAGAUUGAUGAACUUCAAAUUCAGAAUAAAGGAUUUAAAACACAAAUAAAUCACCAGGCAGACGAAUUACGUUCUAAAGAAAUAACAAUUACAGGAAUGACAAGAGAAAAUAAAAUAUUAGCGUCUAAUAUUGAAACCGCUUUGAUAAAAUUAAGUGAUUUUGAAAAAAGUGUCAAAUUUCUCGAGAAAAAAAUAAAAACUAUGAAUAAAGAGUGUUUAGAAUCAAGAACUAAGUAUAAGGGCCUACUAUAUGAAAAUAAUGCUUUAAAAUCAAAAUUGAAUGAUUCAGAAGAAUUAAUAAUAACAAUGGAAGAAAUGAAAACCAAUGAGCGUUCGAUGAAAAAACAAGUGAAUAAAUUUAAACGAAUGUUAGCAGAAGAGCAAAUGGAGAAUAAGAAAUUAAUAGAAAUUACUCAUCAAUUGGAGAAACAAAAAACAAAGUAUAUAUACACAGGAGAGGAUUUAACAUUAGUAAAGCGUAAAUUAGCAGAAUGCAUGGAUAAGAAUCUUGAUUUGACAAUUAGAUUUAGUAACCUUGAUUGUCCUUUCUACCAAUCAAAAUAUGGUAAAAUUGAAGAUAAGGAACCGAAAAUAAAAUGCGGAUCGUUGAAAGAAAGACACUACGAAAAUAAAAUAUUUGCUUUAGAACAAGUAAUCAAAACAUUACAUUUAAAAAUAAAAAGUCAAGAUGAAAAACAACUUAAAUAUCGAGAAGUAGUGAUUAAAAAUAUUUAUAAUACAAAAGCGAUUGAAAAAAAAUUAAAAUUGUCGAACGAAUUGCUUGAAAAACAAAAAUAUCAAAUAAUAUAUGAUGAAAUAGAUACUUUGUCUAAAGAAUCUAAAAUUCAAAACCUUAAGAUUCAAAACGACAAUUAUGAUCAUCAAUGUAAACUACUAAAUAGACAAUCAACUUUGCUAUGUAAAAAAAUAAAAGAUUAUAAUUUGAAAAUAGAAUCUAUGAAAAAAGAAUCUACGAGAGCAAAUAAGAUACUUAAAGAUGCGGAACAAAAAAAUGACGAAUUACUAUAUAAAACUGAACAGUUAAAAAAAUGCACAGAAAAUAUUGAAACGCAGUUACUAAAUAAUGAUAAAUGUAAAAAACUACAGCAAUCUGAAGUAGACAAAAUGAGAUAUUCUAUUGAAGAGUUCCAGAAAAAAUUCCAUAAAAUUCAAGAAGAAUUGAAUAUUACUAAUCAAAAAAAUCAUGAAUUGACAAACUCAAUUACACAUUUUCAGACCCAAAGUGAAUUUAAUCACAAAGUUCAGUCAAAGAAUAUUAACGAUGCAAAAUGUCAAAUAAAACAAUUAUUAAUUCAGAAUAAAUUAUUAACAUUUGAAAACAAAUGUCUAUCGAAGUUUAAGGAUGAUAAUGAGCUAUUAAAAUUCAAUUUAAGGAAUGAAGAACAGAGAUUAGCAUACUCUCAAAAAAGAUUUAAUGAAUUAUUUAACGAAAAAGAAAGCCAGAUAAAUACAAUGAGAAUACCUGAAAUUGUAAUCCCAGAUUUUAAAGAAAGUCGGCGUAUAAAAUAUAUAUCUUUAACUUUAUAUGUUUGCCCUAUUGUGCCCUUGGGCUCAGCCAAACCCUCAAAUCUUAAGACAAUUCAAGCGUUCCAGUCCAUUUUCCUCCGCAUGGUCGCUAAAGCCCCAUGGUACGUCACAAACGCCGCUUUACAUGAAGUCCUCAAAGUUCCUUCUAUUAAUCAGACUGCAGCCAUCUUCUAUCAAAGACUCCACUUCAAAAUGCAAGGCCGCACAAACCAACUGAUAUCACAACUACAUACAAAAUAUCUUCUAGGUAACCCUACCCAUCCGACGCCUAAACCGCAACUGGCCCAAAAACCUUCUCAAUUAAUCGAUAUACUAAUUUAA